CAUGAUGUCAAAUCAAUUAUGUGAAACGAAAGAAAAAGGGUAUAUAAAGGGAUGAACUAGCAGAAUGAUCGAAACGUCAGAAACAUCAAUCCUUUUGUCACGUACAUGCUUUAGCUUGGGCAGUUAUGACUACAAUCCCCGGAAUGUCUUCACACUGUUGCCUCUGGAUCGCUCUGAUAUUUCUCUCAGCUUCUGUUGCUACUGCACAUAACUUAGACCAUGUCGAUAUCCCGAAGCUGAGGAUGUCCCGUCCCGAGUUCUUGCGAGACCCGGCAAGCACAGCUCAAGCUUCCGUCUCAAAGGACUUUGCAACUUUCUUCUACAACCAAACCCUCGAUCAUUUCAACUAUAGACCAGAAAGUUACACUGCCUUCAAUCAAAGAUACGUGGUCAAUUCCAAGUACUGGGGCGGCGCGGAAUCUGGCGCGCCGAUCUUCGCCUUUCUCGGCGCAGAAGCACCGAUCGAUGGCGACAUAGGUAAUGCCGGGUUCCUCACAGAUAAUGCUCCUCAAUUUAGAGCAUUACUGGUAUACAUAGAGCAUCGGUUUUAUGGAGAAUCAAUCCCAUAUGGAAUGACAUUUGCCAAAGCCCUUGGUGAUGCCAACAACCGCGGAUAUUUCAGCUCCGCCCAAGCGCUCGCCGAUUACGCGGAAAUCCUCACAUACUUGAAGCAGAAAUUGAAAGCCGAACAUUCUCCGAUAAUUGUUUUCGGAGGAUCAUAUGGGGGAAUGUUAGCUUCAUGGUUUCGGCUGAAGUAUCCUCAUGUGGCACUCGGAGCUUUAGCUUCAUCCGCCCCUAUUCUUUACUUUGACGACAUCGUUCCUCAAGAUGCAUACUUUUCGGUAGUUGCGAAAAGCUUUUUGGAAAGUAGUUCUUCUUGCCACCAAACGAUAAGACAAUCCUGGGAAGAAAUUGAUAGAGCUGCUUCUGAGCCUCAUGGUCUCACGAAGUUGACCAAAACCUUCAAAACUUGCAGUCCAUUGAAAAGUUCAUCAGAGCUCAAGAAGUACCUGAGAACACUGUACGCACAAGUUGUUCAGUACAACGAUCCAUCCGCACAACCCUUGAAACUUAUGUGCGACGCCAUUAAUGGAGCUUCUCCAAGAAACGGCCUUCUGCGGAAGAUCUUUGCAGGCCUUGUUGCCAUCAAUGGCAACUUAACAUGCUACGUCAAUUCACCCACUUCUGCUACAUUAGCUCAAACUCUUCUGGGGUGGUCUUGGCAGACAUGCAGUGAGAUGGUGAUCCCUAUGGGCAUUACCAGAAACACUAUGUUUCCACCAAAACCUUUCAAUCUAAAUAGCUUCAGCAACGCCUGCAAAAGGGUGUUCCGCGUCGCGCCUCGGCCGCAUUGGAUCACCACCUAUUUCGGUGGUCAUGACAUAAAACUUAUUCUGUGGAGGUUUGCUAGCAACAUAAUUUUCUCCAAUGGACUUCAAGAUCCUUACAGCAGCGGCGGGGUCCUGAAGAAUAUUUCUAGUACCAUUGUCGCCAUCCACACAGCCAAAGGUUCUCACACUUUAGACAUACUCGGAGCAAAAAAGAGCGAUCCGGAUUGGUUGGUCGAACAGCGCAAAACCGAGGUUGAGAUUAUGAAAAUGUGGCUCGCGACAUACUAUGUGGAUCUCCGCACUUUCAAAAAUUGAUAUCAUAUGGAGAAGUAAUGAAAAUAUGGUGAGAGAAUAAUGGCCAAGUAUUAAGUUAUUACUGUCAGUA